GCGCACGACAGCACUCAAUCCGCCUCCGGCCGGCGUGAGGUCACUGCUCAUCAUUUUUUUAACAACAAGCUUAGAUACGCACCUCAGGCUCGAGUGUUAACUGGUGCAUGGGAGCCGUAAAUUCGGUGUAGGCCUAGUGUAUUUCAUCCAGAAUAGUUUUCUGUCGUAUCCUAUACGCUCGGAGAAAAACAGGGAGGUCCUCAAGAGAUGGCGAUUAAUUGAUACUUCUGGUGAUUCUGGAAAUAAGGGACUGUGGGAUUUCAGAUUUUUUUGUUUUGUUAUCGGGAGGAGAGAAGUUGAUGAGAAACCAUGGCCUCCAAUGCGGCCACACUUCUCUACGCAACAGCAGCAGCAGCAUGCGUCGUCUUCGCAGUACUACCGUGGGUCCACGGCAUAGAAUCGUCCUGGGGUCACCGCGGUUUUAAGGUCCAUUGUGAGAAGGGGAUCCGUCUUGGUGACGGGGACGCCGGCUUGGGAGUCUCCCGUAAGACGUCAUCCAAAGCCCAGUGUCUGCGGAGCUGCUUUGCUCGCCCCGAGUGCGAGUCUAUCAGCUACUCGCCCGAGACGGGCCAAUGCUACAUGAGCGACUCCACCAAGGGUGUAGCUGGGGCAUCUCAGGAUGAGGGAUACGUCUACUGCGGACCUGACCAGGAUGAAGUGUGGGAGAGAACCGCUAUUACAGUGGAACUCCCCACAACGACAUUGAUGCCAACCACACUGGAACCCAACGAGUGUGACAGUGACCCUUGCCAGAACGGAGCCGCUUGUAACGACGGCCCGGACAUGUUCACUUGUGACUGCGCCCCUGGGUACGAGGGAACCACAUGCAACACAAAUACUGACGAGUGUGGCAGUAACCCGUGUCAAAAUGGCGCGAAUUGUGUGGAUGCCGUCAACGAGUAUGCAUGCACGUGUCUCGCAGGCUAUGAUGGCGUACACUGCGAAACAAACAUCAACGAAUGUGCUAGCAGCCCUUGUCAAAAUGGCGUCUGCAAUGAUGCAGUCAACAGCUACACUUGCACCUGUUCUGCUGGAUAUGAAGGAACUUUAUGUGACACGAACACCAAUGAAUGUGCUAGCAGCCCGUGUCAAAAUGGCGUCUGCAACGAUGCAGUCAACAGCUACACUUGCACGUGCACUUCUGGAUACGGAGGCACCUUGUGUGAUACAAACAUCAACGAAUGUGCUAGCAGCCCUUGUCAACAUGGCGCCUGCAAUGACGGAGUCAACAGCUACACUUGCACCUGUUCUGCUGGAUAUGAAGGAACUUUAUGUAACACAAACACCAAUGAAUGUGCUAGCAGCCCUUGUCAACAUGGCGUCUGCAAUGAUGCAGUCAACAGCUACACUUGCACCUGUUCUGCUGGAUAUGAAGGAACUUUAUGUAACACGAACACCAAUGAAUGUGCUAGCAGUCCUUGCCAAAAUGGCGUCUGCAACGAUGCAGUCAACAGCUACACUUGCACGUGCACUUCUGGAUACGGAGGAACCUUGUGUGAUACAAUAUCAAUCCGUUUGGUGAAUGGUGCGACGUCAAACGUGGGCAGGGUGGAGGUGUGGCACAGUGGCGCCUGGGGCACCGUGUGUGAUGACAAUUGGGACAUGAACGACGCCAAUGUUGCCUGUCGUCAGUUGGGCUACCCGUAUGCGACAAACUUCUACGGCUCAGCUACCCACGGUGCCGGAUCCGGGGCGAUUCACCUCGAUAGUAUAAACUGCGCUGGUACAGAAGCUAGCCUUGGCAGUUGUCCACAUGGCGGAUGGGGUGUGCACAACUGCGGCCAUGGCGAAGAUUCCAGCCUGAAGUGUUAUCCAAGGAUUCGUCUGGUGAAUGGUCCAUUGUCCAACGAGGGCCGUGUGGAGGUCUACCACAACGGAGUCUGGGGAACGGUCUGCGAUGACAGUUGGGAUAUCAACGACGGUCACGUAGCCUGCCGUGAACUUGGCUACCCGUCUGCCGCCCAGGUCUGGUCCUCUGCCUUCUAUGGACAGGGCACGGGGGCUAUACACCUGGAUAACACGGCGUGUAGUGGCAGCGAGGCUAGCCUAGGAGCUUGCGGCCACAGUGGAUGGGGUUCUCAUAACUGCGGACACGGUGAAGAUUCGAGUGUCAAGUGCAACCUGACCUAAGAACUACAGUUUGAAGGUACGAUCUUUCAAGAGUGAAAGGAAAAAUAUUGGGCAAAGAAAAGGGAUCCGCAUUUACAUUAAAGGUAAUGUACAACAUUUGUUUUUGCUGCAAUUUUCAGAAAUAAAUGGAUUUGGGAGGAUUAAAAUGUUAAAGCAAAUAUUGUUAAACUGACUUGUUUCACGUUUUCGGCUUGUACAUAAUGGACAGACCAAGAAAACCAAUCAUGUUCUUGUAGUUUGGCUCCCUGACACCACUUUAGAUGAAACGGAGCAAUCUGUAUAGA